UGCCCAGGCGAGGCGCUCGCUCGGGGAUGGCGCCGCUGCCGCUGCCUCCUGCGCGCCGGCUCCAGGGGCUUCUCCAAUCCCGGAAAGUUCACAGGAGGAGAGAGAUGUGGCUGCAGCAAGUUGGCUUCAUCUGCGGGGUCCUGUCCUUGGUGUGCUGCGCGACCAGUCUGCUCAGCAGCCUCGGAAAUGAAACAGCUUCCAAAGGCAAACAUCGAUUACCUGAAGUAUGGAGGAACAGAAAGCUGAUGGCAUCAGUUAAUGGAACUCAGGCAGCUAAGAACUGCACAGAUCCUGCAAUCCAUGAGUUCCCUACAGAUUUGUUUUCCAAUAAAGAACGGCAACAUGGAGCAGUCUUGCUACACAUUCUUGGAGCACUUUAUAUGUUCUAUGCCUUGGCUAUAGUGUGUGAUGAUUUCUUUGUUCCAUCACUGGAAAAAAUCUGUGAGAAACUGCACCUGAGCGAAGAUGUUGCUGGGGCCACAUUUAUGGCUGCGGGAAGCUCUACUCCAGAGCUCUUUGCUUCUGUCAUAGGUGUAUUCAUCACACAUGGAGAUGUAGGGGUUGGUACUAUCGUUGGCUCUGCUGUUUUCAACAUUUUAUGUAUAAUUGGAGUCUGUGGAUUGUUUGCAGGACAGGUCGUCCAUCUGACCUGGUGGGCAGUGUGCAGAGAUUCUGUAUACUACACCCUGUCUGUCAUCGUUCUCAUUGCGUUCAUCUAUGAUGAGGAAAUUGUGUGGUGGGAAGGUCUGGUGCUCAUCAUUAUGUAUGCAUUUUAUAUACUUAUCAUGAAGUACAACGUGAAGAUGCAAGCCUUUUUCACAAUCAAACAAAAAAACAUUGCCAAUGGAAACACAGUGAACAGUGAGCUGGAGGAUGGUAAUGAUUACUAUGAAAUUAGCUCUGAUGACCCUUCCGUGCCAUUGCUGUGGGAAGUGAAGGAGAAGCCACAAUAUGGCAAAAAUCCAGUGGUGAUGGUGGAUGAAAUCAUGAACUCCAGUCCUCCCCAAUUCAGUUUCCCUGAGGCCGGAUUACGCAUAAUGAUCACUAAUAAAUUUGGGCCCAGGACCAGGCUACGGAUGGCAAGCAGGAUCAUAAUCAAUGAGCGCCAGAGACUGAUUAACUCUGCCAACGGUGUGAGUAAGCCACUGCAGAACGGGAGACAUGAGAACAUUGAGAAUGGGAACGUGCCAGUGGAGAACCAAGAGGAGCAGCAACCUCAGCAGCAGCAGCAGCAGCAGCAGCAGCAGCAGCAACAGGAACAGCAAGAGCCUGAGUCGACAGAAACAGAUUUCCUUUCCCCCUUUUCCAUGCCAGAGGCACCCAUGGACCGAGCAAAGUGGAUUUUCACCUGGCCCCUGAUAUUCCUCCUGUUCAUCACAAUCCCAAACUGCAGCAAGCCACGCUGGGAGAAGUUUUUUAUGGUCACCUUCGUUUUCUCCACCCUUUGGAUUGCUGUGUUUUCCUAUUUAAUGGUGUGGCUGGUGACUAUUAUCGGAUACACACUUGGGAUCCCUGAUGUCAUCAUGGGCAUUACUUUUCUAGCAGCAGGAACAAGUGUACCAGACUGCAUGGCCAGCUUAAUUGUGGCCAGACAAGGCCUUGGAGAUAUGGCAGUAUCUAAUACCAUAGGGAGCAAUGUAUUCGACAUCCUUGUAGGACUGGGAAUACCAUGGGGACUACAAACCAUGGUCAUUAAUUAUGGAUCAACUGUAAAGAUAAACAGCAAGGGGCUAGUCUAUUCAGUUGUUCUAUUACUCGGAUCUGUUGCUCUUACUGUGCUCGGUAUCCAUCUAAAUAAAUGGAGACUUGACAAGAAACUCGGCAUCUACGUGUUGGUGCUCUAUGCCGUUUUCUUGUGCUUCUCGAUAAUGAUAGAAUUUAACGUCUUUACUUUCGUCAACUUGCCAAUGUGCCAAGAAGAUGACUAAAGGAAAGCCACUGCCCCUGGGAGGGAGACCAAGCUGUCUUGGAGACCUUAUGAAGAAGACAUUUUAACUUCUCUGAAUUUCCAUCCCCAAAUAUGAGCGUCUUUCCUCCAUCACCAGCUAGCAGUCCACUCUUUUACUUGCUGGAAGGAGGAGCAAAUGAUGGAUGACCUUUGGUGUGUUACAAGAACUUAAGGUCCCUGAGGUCUUUCUCUCCUCUUUAGAGUUUCUCUCUCAAGGUGGCCUGAUGUGAAGGAAAAGGUAUAACGGGAGUCUCCCAAAGCACUGAGCCACAGGGUCAAGGAGGGACAGUUAGGGUUCUCCAUGUGCGCACUACAAUGAGUGAGACUAGUGUGUGCCCCUUUCCUCCAACCUCUGUUAUUCCCCAACACACAGCAUUUUGUCUUUCCUUGCCUCGAAUUAAUGCUUUCAGAAACAAAGCAGCCUAGUAAGUCAGAACUCUCCUUGGCUGCAUUCAAAAUACAAACAUUGCUCUCAAAUUUAACUGCUGGACUGGGAAGCCAAAUUAUAUUACAUGGCAUGCACUGUUGAAAACUCUUACUUCCCCUGGAAAGGCUUGAUUUGUGGAGGCCUGCAUCAUCAGCAUGUUGGAGCAUUCAGCGAUGACAUUGAACACACCAUUACUUGUCUUGAAACCUUCGAAGAAUAUGCACAAUUCUCACAGUGGAAGAUGAAAAAGUGGUGACUGCCAUCACCUAUGAUGAUGCACCUGGAGCAUGAUCUGUGAAAUAUUAAAAAAUAACACCUGUGCAGAUAACCCCAAUUGAAUAUGUCAUGCCACCUGAAAGGAACAUGGUAGAAAAUGAAAAAAAAAAAAGUCAUGCUUGUGGGAAAGCAAGUCUAUCUGUAACAUUUUCACUGGCACUAAAAAUCUAAGCUAGAGAUAGAGAAGACAGUAAAAAAAAAAAAAAAGAAUGAAAUCUAAUUGGGUGCUAACUCA